UUCCUGGGCGGAGCGGAGGCUCGGGGCUCUGGAAGGCAACACUGGCCCCACCCCGGUUGCCUAGGCGACGAGGCCGCGUCUCUCCCAGGACUUCAGGACCGAGAUGCCGUUGGGGGCGACUCCAGGGGCGCUGACCCCCGCGUUGACCCCAGUUGGCAGCACCGCGGACUCGGAGAAAAACGCUGAAUUCCAGGAGCAUGAAAAAAUCCUGUCCCCAGAUUUUCUCUCAGUAACCCAGAUCACUGACUUGCUGGAAGAGGACGUAGAUGGAGUUCAAGAAAAACUGCGAAUAUUUUUGAAUUUCAGAAAUCUUCAGACUUGCUUAAAAGAUGCCAUUCUGCUAGAUUACUAUGUAUCUGGAUUUUUGUGGGCUAAAGAAAUGAACUUUUCCAUUGAUCAAUAUUUAAAAUUCAUGACUUUACUAGAUAUGUUACUUCAUAAUCUUCAAACAUUGCAUAUGUCCUUGGGGGACUGCAUAGAGUGGCUUGGGAAAGCAAUGGCUGAAAUCGGACCAAACCACUCACAGAAGAAUGAAGAUUGCCAUAUCUUUGAUAUCAGGCAAGCCAACGCCAUCAUUGAUUACUUAAAAAUCAGUUUAUUCCAACACUACAGACUCUAUGAGUUUCUAUUCUAUGCCACCAGGGAAGAAAUCGUGCUGGGAACCCAGCAAACCAUAGAGGUUGUCAAGCCUGCAGACCACCCUUUCCCAGCCCCGCUGGAGGAAGGAAUCUCACUGGAUAUCUACUCCGCAUACACAGAACCACAGCCAACUCUGGAUGCUGAACCAAAGGGACUGGAUCAGGAACAAGGCUCUCAGGAGACCCAGCCAGAGAGAGACACCACAGAUGUGGACCCUUUAGUUGGUUUCACCAUUGAAGAUGUAAAAGCAGUACUGGCUCGUGUCACAGAUGAGGUUUUAGUGAACAUUCAGUUUCAGAUUGGCUGAGUUAUUUUCCACUCCUAAAACCCAGCAUUCAAGGAUCCUGGCUGCCACAUUCCUUUUCAGAGAGAGCUGCAUGUCAGUGUCCACAGUUGCUGUACACGUGCCUGGUGAAAACACCUGCUGUACCAACCGUUCAUGAGUUUCGCUGGCAGUGUUUCAGAUUUUCCCAUAACUCUCUCUUCUUCAUCUGAAUCAUAGUAAUUGUAAUUUUCUCAGAAAAAGUCAAUAGAGAAUUCAUGUUUUAGUACAUUUUUCCCCAAAGCUGCUUCUCUACUACAGAAUUUCCUGUAGUGUGAAUUCAUAAUUUUUCAUGUUAAUCCACUUACUUUCCCAUGAUUCACAUUGCAGUUUUGGAUAUUUAUUAAAAAUGAAGUUAUCUUGAUCCUCAUAUGUCAAUUAAAAUGAUUCUAAACACAGCAAACAUUUCAAGCCAAUAUAGUUUAGGUAUUUUCAUUUUAAAGAUACAUUCAAAAUGAAAUUAUUUUGGUCCUGAGUUGUGUAAUAAAAAUUACACCCCAAUGGAGCAAACUUCAAUAUAUUUAAGGAAUUACAUUUCAGAGAAAUGUGAUUGCAAAUGCUGAAUUCUUGCAUUAAAUGUUGGCUGUUGGCCCUAACAUAGCAAAAUACUGUGAGAAAAUGAAGUUCACCAUCUGGGGUUUUAGCAUAUCUUUAGGUCAACUUUGAACUGUCCAAGUUAGAAACAUUGAGAAAAAUCACCUCCAGGUAGUAAGACCAACUAAACGGAGGUCAGUCCCAGCCCAGUGGUUGAGGAUAACUUGUCAGUUCAGCAGUGUUCUGGGGAAUAACCAGGAGGCAGCAGAUCAAAGACAGCCCGUGCAGACAUGGAGUGUUUUGAUCCAGGCUCUGCUGGUUGUGCCUAAACGAGAGCACCAAUCACCAAGGUCUGAGGAGCUGGACAGUCCAGCUGCCCUUAGCUAGAAAGCACGAGUGUAUUAGUGGACAUAGAAAAACAUUACUGAAAGAGCUGAUUGUCUGGGAAGAACAGUUCUUGCCAAUCCAUUGGAAGUGUGCCAAAAUUAGUUUUUCAGACCAUUUCAAUACCUAUAUUGUUCAAUAGGUUGUAUGCCAUAAAUUAUUUUACUCAAGUAGCACUAACAAGUUUUGAAAUGUUUCAUGAUUAUAUAUAAUGAAAUAUGCCAUUGGUGAAGAAUAUCAUGAAAUUGAGAGAUGGGAUUAUAAACAUAAAUUUAGGUACAGUGUGAGCAAAACCCUAUUUUCUUACUUGAUUUUUUUUCAUAUAAAGUCUAAUUCAAAGUGGUUCAGUGACUUGCCCAAAACUACACAGUGAGACUAGGGCACAGGGUUGAGACUAGUUCACAGUGAGACUAGACCAGGUUGCUUUCUGCAGGAUGCCCUGCAGGACGGCAUCCGUGAAGAGCGACACCACCUUUGUAGCUUGGAGGACCAUUUUGCUCCUUCCAGGGCCUCCUCCAUCCGGUGACCAGGAAGAAACCAGAAGUCAAAAGUUGAUCCAAGGGGGGGUGUAACAGGGCAGGGGGCUUGAACACCACUACCACACACACAAAACUCAAUACACCUAUAAAUUCUGAAUCAGAAUGGUUGACACUAAUAUGUUCCUAUCAGGAAUAUCAACUCUUCUCUGUGAAGAAACAAACAAAAUCUCAUUAAAAAAAAAAAAAAAAAAAAUAGCAACUAGGGACAACAUUCCAAAACCAUGUACUAUAUUUACCCUCUUAAAAUUAAAUAAAUAGGGAGGGGCUGGAGUGAUGCUUUGGUGGUUAAGAGCACU